GCGGCUAAAAAUCUGCUGGUACCGCUUAUCAAGGAUUCCACUCAAAGGACCUGGAUACGAACGCUUGACUGCUCUCUUCUGGCCUUUACUGCUCUGGCACUCUUUGAUGGUUAGGAGCUGAUCUGCGAUGACAUGGUCCCUUUUUCUGGCCGGUGCUCGCCUGAGUCCCAUGGAGGGAGACCAUUGUGAUCAGUCGCGUACUGCCUAUGACCGUACUCUCCUCGCUCAGGAUAUCACGAAAAUUGGACCCUCAUCCGGAAAUAUCCAACAUAUGUUAACCUUGUGCCUGCUGGGUCAGUUGUUAGGCGAUCAGAUGGGACAGAUGGAUUCAGAGAACCUGUAUGAUGACGGAAAGGAUGGAUGCUGCCUUGCGGUAUGCUCCAGGACGUGGAGGACGGACUACUUGAGCGUCGAAGGCUCUUUGCUACCGAAUCCACAAUUGUAUGGUAUAAUGCUCUCGACCAUCGAAUGAAAUAAAUAUUGUCAGUAUGUAGAUGGAUUCAAAGUAAUUAUCCUUCGGAGUCCCACU